AUUAUAUUCUCUGCACAACCUCUUCUCCAGUGCAUUCCCCUUCCGCUUCCUCUGGCGUUCAAACAUGUCUUUCCCCAUCGACCCUACCUACUUCCCUGAUUGCCCACAAGGCAUCAAGCGUCACGUGCUCGACUGGGCGCAGCACGUCUGUGCAGAUACCAUUCCCUACUACCGCCCGUACAUUGCCAAAAUUAAGCACUGCAAGCGGGAGGGCGGAGUCUGGCAUGAGUUCCUUAUCAUCGAGUUUAUCUACCCCAUUUCAGCCAGUGCCACCCGCAUCGUUCCCGUCAUCGUUGAGCGUACGAUCGAGACCGGCCAGAUCCCCCAUGAGAUGAUCCGGCCAGGGGUCGACCUUUCUGCUCAGACUGGCCAAAUGAAUGUCAGGUCCGAGCCCGCCUGGUUCCACAGCUCGUCCUACACCUCGGUCGACUCAUCCAUGACCUCUUCUACCUACGCCAACAUCGGAUCCUCCUCGAUACCCCCUAUGGGGGCGCACGCGCUCGACUACAUCCACGUCCCGCAAAAUGGCGCGUCUAUCAACAGCAUUGACGAAGGAGCAGGCAGCCCGUACCAGGUCUGCCGCGAGCUCACGUUCACCUCGCGCGUGACGGAUCAUAACCUUGCCGCCCUGCUGGUUGCGGUGCAUGAGCACUCGCCUAUUUACAACGUUGUCUCACGACAAUGUUACUGGUAUGCGGCCGUCAUCUACGACGUCUUCUGCGUCCGCCACGGUGGCAGAUCAGUUGAUCAUGCACUCCAUGGCCCUCUCCGUGCCGGGCGCUUCCUCACAAUUUUCACCAUCCAGCCCAAAGACCCACCGCUGGACUACAUUCUGCCAGGCAGCGGAAGCAAGGGCGAGGAAGGAGGCAGCGGAGAGGGCACAGGAUGUUGCGGCAGCAAACGCGGCAGUAAACGCUGCGGAGGCAACGGCGAGGGAGGAGGCAGCGGCGAGGGUACAGGCUAUUGCGGCAGCAAACGCGGCAGUAAACGCGGCGGAGGCAACGGCGAGGGAGGAGGCAGCGGCGAGGGUACAGGCCGACGCGAGGGCGAGGGAGGAGGCAGCGGCGAGGGUACAGGCCGAUGCGAGGGCGAGGGAGGAGGCAGCGGCGAGGGUAAAGGCUAUUGCGGCAGCAAACGCGGCAGUAAACGCGGCGGAGGCAACGGCGAGGAAGGAGGCAGCGGCGAGGGUACAGGCCGACGCGGCGAGGAGGAGGGUGGAGGAUGAGAAUGCCUUCCUCCGACAGCAACUGGCGGCGCAGGGCUAUGCUGGCCCAUCCAAUAGGGCAGUGUAG